CGACUACUUUCCAUACACCAUGGGCAUAACGGAACACGGUAAGAGACAAGUGUAUGGUGUGACAGGUUCUCUCUUUGGAAACAUCACAGCCUCUCUCAACAUAAGCUACGACCUCUUGGACAGCGUGGACGAGUACUGGGGAAACCUCCUCGACGAUGGAAAUUUCACAGGCCCACUUGGAAUGUUGCAAAGGAAUGAAGCAGACGUAGCCGUGGGACCGUUCUCCCUAAAAGUGGACUACCUGCGCUAUGUAUACGCGGCCCAAGCACACAUCUACGAGGACGUACCGAUGCUGAGUGGACUGAAGAGACCCUUUUUGCCUGGCGCCUUCUCCUCCACGGAUUCCUUCGAUCCAAUGACGAUGGCGCUACUGUUCUCUUCAAUGCUGGCUCUUGUGCUUCUGUCUGCCUGGUCACUACGUACAGCAAGAAGCAACUGGGCAACCACUGUGCAGUCACUCUUCUGGGUCUACGCUGCGUUACUAUUACUAAAACCGACAAGCACCAGACACCUGAAGUCGACGGCUUCUAAGAUCUUCUUAGCAUCGUGGAUGAUUGGCACUUUCAUCAUUGCCCAGUACCUGACUGGUCAGGUCAAGGCAGCGCUGCUCAUCCGCUCUCCAGCUCCCCGCAUCGACACUCUCGACGAAAUGCUGGCGCGGCGACCAGCCAUACGCCCAGUGACGCUCAAAGCCACUCCACUCAUGAACAUGCUUCAGCUAUCCGGCCUGGACUCAUAUCGAGCACUGCACGGACGCAUUGUGCGCAUGCGCGGUGAGCUGUCGCAAAGUGAGGUGUACUCGCUUCGCACGCUGCGUCAGGUGGUCGCCGGCGAGACCGUCAUCAUCAUGGACGCCACGGGAAACCGCGUUUUCGUGGCGCCCUACUGCGACACCCUGCAACCUGCUUACUUCCACGUGUCGCGACAGCGCAUCGAGACAGCCGACUUCGUGUGGUACAUGAACAAGCGUCUGGAUCCACGACUGGUUGCUGCAAUGGAUCGCAGGAUCCGUUGGCUGGUGGAAGCAGCCGUGCCGUUCAUGCAUCACCACGAAAUAUUCCGGAAGCCAGCCACCUGCUUCCUCGACCAGCGUGGAAGAAGCGGGAGGGAAGCGGCGGCCAUACAGUACGAAGUGCUGCAUCUUGAAGAUGUCGAGGGUGCCUUGCUAAUUUUGCUCUGCUCGCUGACAUUUGCCACUACAGCAUUCCUUCUCGAAUUGGCCUUCCACAAGGCUUUCGCGCUGGGAAAAAGUGAAGCCUGGCAUUCACCGUGAUAGAAGGCACGCCGCCUUUUAUCGGGCACAACAAGGCAAGCAGGGUGGUAAAGGAUGUAUACGGAGGCCUUCUACUACAUUGCCGGCUGGGUAUGGCGUGACUGAGUGCGGCCGCAAGGGCCCCUUUUUGAAAGCGACCUGCUAUGGAGCCAGAGUCUAGGCCGGCAUUGUUGUCAUCACCUGAGAUGUGUAUGUUUUCUUGUGCGCGAGUGGCACCAUGGUUUUUAACUUAAUAAACGAAUA